AGUUCACACGGCCAAAAUAAACAGCUCUGUUGCCGGGCAGCGGACUAGGCGGUGUAGCGUGCGCGCUCUCGCUAGCAAUCCGGCGUGCUCGCGCUGCUCGUGCACGUUGUGAGUAUAGCGCUCCCUGGAAGUGGACGUUACGGCUCAAGACCUAGCGACCCCCUCACUUACCUGCGCCUACCCCUGGCUCUAAGAUGGGCUGUUGCUUCUCCAAACACCCUGAGAGGAAGCAGAGCGCUAAGGAUUCUGCAGCUGAAGAGCAGCAACAGCUUCAGCAAGUGGAUGGUGGGGAGAGCAAGCAGUACAGCUGGGAUAAGCGGGAGAAGGUGGACCCAAAGGAUUACAUGUUUAAUGGCCUUAAAGAUCAAUCCAUAGGACGGCUGCCAGAUAAAGUUGCAGGUCAACAAUUCGUCAUACAGGAAUGUGAGAAUUGUAACAUCUAUAUUUUUGAUCACUCCGCUACCAUCACUAUUGAUGAUUGUACAAACUGUCGCAUCUUCUUGGGGCCUGUAAAGGGCAGCGUGUUCUUCAGGGACUGUAAGGAAUGUAAAUGUAUUGUGGCUUGCCAGCAGUUUCGCACAAGGGACUGCAGAAAAAUGGAUAUAUUCCUGUGCUGUUCUACUCAACCCAUCAUAGAAUCCUCCACCGGUAUGAAAUUUGGAUGUUUUCAGUACUAUUAUCCAGAACUAGCUGCACAGUUUAAGGAUGCUGGUUUAAGUAUCUUUAACAACACCUGGAGCAACAUCCACGACUUUACUCCUGUGUCUGGAGAGACAAAUUGGAGUCUUCUUCCCAGUGAUUGUGAAAUCCAGGAUUGUGUCCCACUACCUGACAAUGAAGAACUAAAAGCUGUACGUGUUUCUAUGGAUGUCAACAGGAGCCUAGUUCCUGUCACUUGGGGGCAAAGACAGAAGAAAAGUGAUGAGUCUUGUUUGGUGGUUUUCUUUGCUGGAGAUUAUACCAUAGCAAAUGCCAGAAAGAUGAUUGAUGAGAUGAUCGGCAAAGGUUUAUCUCUCAUUCAGACGAAAGAGGUCACAAUGAAACCGGAAGAUGCAAAAAGAGUUUUUAAAGAGAGAGCCACAGAGUUUUUACCUUUAUUGGAGCAUGGAUCAGUUGUUGCUUUAGAGUUUAAUGGAGAAGGAGCAGUAGAGAUCUGUCAAGAGGCUACUUCUAGCAUCUUUAGUGGCACAAUGGUGUUUGUUUCAGAAAGCAAGACUUCCUCUUCUCAUGAUGUGGACAACUUCUACAAUUUUGCUGAUAUGCAGAUGGGAGUGUAGAACUCUGCUGUAAUUGUUGACUACAACUAGCCUGACAAUGAAUGACUGUGAAGCUCCAUAAUACAUGGAAAGCCACAUUAUGUAUACACUUUGAAUUAAUUUAAGUGGUGUAUGCAUAAGGGAAUUGUAAGUCCUUGCAUAUUUUACCAACGCAUGAAGGGGGAAAUUGAUUUUGCUAACUGUACGGUAAAAAAAUAUAUAUAUCAAAGAAUAUAAGUCCUUUACAUCUUGAGAGAUGUUAUUAGGAUUUUACUUCACUUUAAUUUAGUUGCCAUUAGUCUAAUGCUAAAAGUGUGAAUGAAUAGCGAAUAUUCAUAACUUGUAUUGUUCUGGAUUCCUCUGAAUGUACCUUUGUACAAGGCUAAGCUUGUAUCAUGUUAGUUUUAUAUAAUACUGUAAAUGAAUGCAAGUCUUGAAUCAAACAACGUAAAAAAGUUAAAUACAUCUGCAUUCCAAAUGGUUGUAUACCCUCAAACUGCAAAAGGUGGCAGGUUGGGGGGGGGGGGGGGUGUAUAUUAAUGUUUGUAAUAUUUAUUUUUUUUGUACACAUACAAUGCAUUUUAAUAAGUUUAUAAAAUGCACUCUGAUUUUAUACUGUGAAAAUUGAAUGUUUGUCUAUAGGCAUAACUGUAAAUUGUCUUUAUUGUUUUACAUAUAAAUAGUAAAUGCUACACAAAAUUGUGCAUGUUUCU